CAAAAAAGCAGACAUUAUCUCAUGCUUUUUUAAGGAUUAGAUAUUGAUAUAUUAUAUGUAAAGUAAUAUCUGUUUAAACGAAAUAUAUUUAUCUGAGUCGCUGAAGUAAAUUGUCCGGAUAUACGUCACUCGAUUGGUUUGACCCACCUCCGGUUCUUACGACAACAACGUAGUGCACAUGGAGAGCAGUACUUACUGACAGAUACUGUGUUUGCCCCUUUGGAUUUAUUAAACUACAGUAUUUUGUGUGAAGUUACAACAUCGGGGAUUAUUAUGGGCAAGAAGAAGGCAGGCGGAGGAAGCGGACUGGGCAGAGCUCUGAUAAAAGAGAGACUCCAGUCAGGCCGAGGAAACAAGAAGGGCGACUCCUGGCUCCACACCAGUGAGCUGAAUGAUGGCUAUGACUGGGGACGGCUGAACCUGCAGUCGGUGACAGAACAGAGUUCCAUGGAUGACUUUCUGGCCACUGCUGAAUUGGCAGGAACAGAGUUUGUUGCAGAGAAACUCAACAUCCAGUUUGUGCCAGCGGAAGCUAGAGCAGGCCUACUAACAUCAGAGGAGAAAAACAGGCUAAAAAAGCUGCAUGAAGACAACAAGCAUUUCCUCAGAAUUCCUCGACGCCCCCACUGGGAUGAAAGCACCAGUCCGGAUGCACUUCAGCAAGCAGAGAAAGACAGCUUUUUGGAGUGGAGACGAGAGCUUGCACAGCUGGAAGAAGAACAGAAGCUAAUUCUAACCCCAUUCGAGAGGAAUCUUGAGUUCUGGAGACAGCUGUGGAGAGUGAUCGAGAGGAGUGACGUCGUCGUUCAAAUUGUUGAUGCCAGAAAUCCUCUGCUGUUCAGAUGUCCUGACCUGGAAUCAUACGUAAAGGAGGUGUCGGAGGAUAAGGUGAACAUGCUGUUAGUGAACAAGGCAGACCUGCUAACCAGGGAGCAGAGGCGAGUCUGGGCCAGACACUUUGAGAAGGAGGGGCUGAGGGCAGUUUUCUGGUCUGCCCUUGCUGAGAGCAACAGGCUAGAUGCAGAGGACAAGGGCAUGGAAUUGGAGGAUCCAGAGUGUGGAGAGAGUGACCCAGAAGAGGAAGGAAGGCCAGACAAUGAAGACUUGAACCAAAAAGGGGCAGAUGGAGAGGAGGAGGUGAAGGCAGAGCGGGAGGAUGAAGAGGAAGGUGAGAGUGGUCUAGAGGACGAGCAGCAGGAAAAGAUAACUGUAGACGAGGAGGAGUGGCACACAUGCUCAGAAGAUGAUGAUGAAGAAGAGGAAGGGACUGUUGAUUCAUCCAAUGAAUCCUCCUUCCACAACUCCAGCCGUCUGCUGCAUAAGGACGAGCUCCUGGACAUGUUUAGGGCUGUUCACAGCGGUCCCAGGUGUAAAGAGGGCCAACUGACGGUGGGACUGGUUGGGUAUCCUAAUGUGGGCAAGAGUUCCACCAUCAACACUAUUCUAAGGAACAAGAAAGUCUCUGUUUCUGCCACUCCUGGACACACUAAGCACUUUCAGACCCUGUAUGUGGAGCCAGGCCUGUGCCUCUGUGAUUGCCCAGGUCUGGUCAUGCCCUCCUUCGUCUCUACUAAAGCUGAGAUGAUCUGCUCUGGGAUCCUGCCCAUUGAUCAAAUGAGAGACCACGUACCUGCAGUCUCUCUCAUAUGUCAGACAAUCCCUCGGAAUGUGUUAGAAGGCACCUACGGCAUCAACAUAAUCCGACCACGAGAAGAUGAAGACCCUGACAGGCCCCCCACCUCUGAGGAGCUGCUGAUGGCUUAUGGAUACAUGAGAGGUUUUAUGACUACACACGGCCAGCCUGAUCAGUCCAGAUCAGCCCGGUACAUCCUGAAGGAUUACGUCAGCGGGAAGCUUCUGUACUGCCAUGCUCCACCACAUAUUAAUGCUGAAGACUUCCAGCCACAGCACAACAAGUUCCAGAAAAGAGACUCAGAUAACUGUGACCUCUCAACAAUCACAAACAAAAAACAGAAUAUCAAGAGAAUUGAAAAUGUGGUUGACAAGAACUUCUUCCAUCAGGAGAAUGUGCGGGCACUCUCCAAGGGGGUUCAGUCUGUCAUGGGCUACAAACCAGGCAGUGGACCUGUUGGCCCAGGUAAAGCUGAAUCAGAGAUGGUGGUGGGCAAACCCUGGAAGAAACACGGGAACAGGAACAAGAAGGAGAAAGUACGCCGGCUUAACAAACAUCUGGAUGCCUGACAAUGAUCUUAAAUCCGAGCACUUUCAAUUAGAGAUCAUUUCAGCAGGAAGUACAGUUCAUGUGUGAUUCCAAGGGAAUAGAUGCUGAGCAGUAUCUGUAGGUAUAGAUCAUGGCCCCAUUAAUCCUGUGAGGAUGGAAAGGUCAGGCUGUUUUGAUAUUAACUAAUGAGGUGCAUAAUCUGUCAUGGACUGUUAUGGUUUGAAGAUCGUGUUGGUGCAAUGCAUUCCAUCAACCGGAUCACCAGUUGUACAGCAGAUCCCACCACAGCGUUCGGAAAUGCUGGACUCACCAUUCAGAGGGUGUGAAAUUUGUAAGAAAUUGAAAAAGACAUUUUCAGUUUGUAUUUUGAAGCUGUUUGCAUCACAAAGACUUCAAUAACCACAUGUUGGAUACAGCUUUUAACCACACAAAAUUAUGACUACCAAAGCUGGAUUAUAGAAUAAAAUUAAUGUUUUCAUGUAA